AUGUCUGACGCAACUAACACUAUUGGCCUAACACCCAACCUCAUCCAGGCUGGCAUCGACAUUGAUCCGGUGCUCCUUGCGGAAGGAUUGGAGACAAUUCGGCAGGAGAAGAACGAGACGCUUGGCGAGACGUUCCGGCUUCAUUGGCGGGCGAUUCUCUGGAGCAUGACACUGUCCCUCGCGCUUGUCAUGGACGGUUACGAUGGAUCGAUCACCACGGCAUUCUACGGUUUGCCUGCAUUCCUGGAACGCUUUGGUGUCAAGAACUCAAAGGGCAAGCUUGUCAUUGAUGCAAACUACCAGACUGCCAUUGCAAACAUUCUCAUUCCUGGCAACUUUUUGGCCUUUUGGGUUGUGGGUGCGGCCACAAAGCGCUGGGGUAUGCGCCCAGUGUAUGCAGGUGGCAUGGUCCUGAUCACCCUCAUCAUUUUCCUGUUCGUCUUCCUGCAGAGCAUCCAGAUGCUGCUCGUCGCUCAGCUGCUCGUCGGAUUCUGCUGGGGUCUCUUCCACACGCUCACCGCCGCAUACGCUGCCGAGAUUUGCCCGAUCCGCCUUCGUGGCAUGGCCGUCUCCUUCAUCUCAUUCUGCUGGGGCACUGGUGGAUUUAUCGCCGCGGGCCUGAACCGCGCUGCCCUCGACAUUCAAGGCGACUGGUCGUGGCGCCUUCCCUACUGCCUCCAGUGGAUCUGGCCGGUGCCGCUCUUCUUUGCUGCCAUCUACGCCCCCGAAAGCCCUUACUGGCUCGUCCGUGUUGGCAAGAUUGAUCAAGCCAAGAAGUGCCUCACUCGAAUCCGUUCGCCUGGCUACUGGGACUCGCACAGCCUCGACGGAUACAUCGAGUUUAUCCGCCACACCGACCACCUCGAGAGUGCCGAGUCGUCCAAGGGCUCGUUCAUGGAAAUGUUCAAGGGCACCAACCUGCGCCGCACAGAGAUCAUGCUCGGUGUCUGGACUAUCCAACAAUGGUCUGGCCUCUCGCUCACCGGCUACGCAAUCGUCUUUCUCAAGAGCGUUGGAUGGAGCACUACGGCGGCAUUCAACCUCAACAUGGUUAUUACUGCUAUGAACCUCGUCGGCUGCGCAUUGGAGUUGUUCGUCAUCAACCGAUUCGGCCGUCGCCCACUCAUCCUCUGGGGCAUGACCAUGCUCAUGACGCUCCUUUUGCUUAUCGGCAUUCUUGGGAGCGUCCCGUUCAACCAUCACGUUAUCCAGGCCAUUGCGUCGUUCCUCAUCCUUCUCAACCUCAUCUUCCACGCUACAAUUGGCCCUGUCACCUACACCGUCGCUGCUGAGAUUCCCUCCUCACGUCUCCGCCAGCGCACCGUGGCCUUUGGUCGUGGCUGGUACGUCGCCAACGGCGUCGCUACCGGUCAGCUCACUCCGCGCAUGGUCAACCCAAAGACUACCCCUGGCGCUUGGGGAUGGGGUGCAAAGGCCGGCUACUUUUACUUUGGCGUCGCUGUGGUCGUUACUACAUGGGCCUACUUCCGUAUGCCAGAGACCGGUGGCUUUUCCUUUGCCGAGCUCGAGAUUCUCUUCGCCAACAAGGUCAACGCGAGAAAGUUUACCAAACAGCACAUCCACGACGAGAUGGCCGCUGGUGACUCGGCAUUCGACACCAAGCCGGGAGAGAUGGACGACGACCUCAAAGCCAUUCCCCAGCUCGAGCACAACGAGUAUGCCAAGUGA